AUGGGAAAAAGGAACAAACACGAGACAUAUGCUAAUGGAGUAGAUCGGAAAAUGUUACCUACCGGAGAAGAUCCGGUGUUUCUUCAAUUCAGAUACAAAGUGAAGAUGAUUGAAGAUGAUGGUGAAGACGCAGAGUCCUGCAGAAGAUUGCAGAAGAUAAUUGAAGAUUAUUUGGCUCAGAGGGAGAGUAGAGAGAUUUUCUGUAGAGUUUUGGAAGAUGAUGAUGAUGAUGAAGAAGAAAAAGAGAGAGAAAUUUCCGUAGAAUUGAAGAAUCCCCCUGAAGAAGGGCUUGAACCGAAUGUGUAA